AGAAAAGAAAAGUAGUUAAAGUGAUUUAAGGCAUAUGAACACAUCUCGUGUAAAAAUGCCUUCUUGCAGAGUUGAAAUACAAGCAAAUUUUGUAAUAAAGAAACUACAGCCAAUGAUGAAACUUACAAAAACAAAUACCUGCCGUUUUUGGCUAAUUUACAUAUACUCUAUCAGAUGGUCACAUGCUGUUAGCAAAAAAAGAACUGUAACAUUGAAGAUCUCGUAAAACUUAAUAAAAAAAAAAAUAAAGAUGUUUCGGUUUUCAAAAUUCUUCAUUGUAUCCAAAUUGACGGAUUACAACUGGUACAAAACUGUCCUGGAACGAAAUAUUGGAUGUAUUUGUGAACACUUAAGCAGCCCGGCUUUGUUAAAUAACUGCGUCUUCAAAUCAUGCGUGCAAGCCCCACAGCACCAUGAUGUACUGUGUUCGUCAGAAAAUAUUAUCGUUUGUGGUACAGUUUUGUGGCGCAAAAAAUAUGUAUCCAAAUAUAUCGUAGGAAAACGCGAAUAUCAUAUGCAUCGAAAAUUUGGUACGAAAACUACAAUCACCGAUGACACAAGCAAUGAUAAAACGCCUAAAACAGGUAAUACGUCGUCAAAAACACCUAAAAAACAGCGUCGGAAUUAUAUAAGAAGCACACCAAAGAUUAAAAGCCUGGAUAUCGCGAAGUCUAUACAAUCCAAUUUCUUAACGAAUCUCAAAUGCGCGGCCGAGGGAAUUAAAAUUGCCGAGAAAAUCAACGAAUCAAAAAAUGUAAUUGAGUUAAAAGAAGAGUACGAAACGAAAAAAAUAAACGACUCAAUAGAAUCGAAGCGAAAGUCUCAAGAUGCUAACGAAAAGGUACCAAACGUGUCUAAAGAAAACGUUAAAAUUACUGACAAAGACAUUGACAAAAAGGCGCCAAAAGAAGAAAAAGAAGUCUCUGAAGGUACUGUUAAAGCAACAUCAACAGACGCAAAAGAAACCGUGGAAGAAACUGAUAAAAAAGAGCCACAAGAAGAGGAAAAAAAAUUCUCUGAAGCGACCGGUAAAAUGCCAUCAAAAAAAUUGAAAGUAAUCUCUGACAAAACAAUUUUGGAAGAAAUGAAAGCAGUCUCUGAAGACGGCACCAAAAAAAUAUUAGGUGAACCCAAGAAGAUCUCCGAAGAUGCUAACGAAACACUAUUAAAAGUAUUGACGGAAAGCUCUGACAAAAAUAUAUCGAAAGAAGUGAAAGUAGCCUCUGCAACAGCCGACCGAAAAGCUACAAAAGAAAUGAGAUCAAUCUCCAAAGACGGCGACAAAAAAAACCCAGAAAUGCCCGCGGAAGUGGUUGGAAAUACUGAGAAAGGAGCAUCAAAAGAGUCGAAAGCAAUCCUCGAAGCCAUUGACAACAAAGAAAAGAUAACCGAUAAUAAUAUAUACUUAUCGAAAGAGUUUGUUGAAUCAACUAAUCAAACCAAAGUCGGGGAAAAUAAUGGAAUGAAAGUUGAAUCAGCACACGUAAGUGUUUUGAAUGCUCCUAAAACAGAUGAGAAAAAGAUUGAAACAAAAGAGUCUAUCGAACUGAAAGGAAUGAACAAAGUAGAACAAAUACCAUUGUUAGAUGACAUGAAAAUGGCCGAAAAAACGAGUGCAGAUAGAACAACUUUAAUCUUAGGCGAGCCUAAUUUCGACCUGGCUAAUGGCGAAAUAGACAAGGAAUGCAAAGAAUCGCUGAAAUCAAGCGAAUCAGACAAAACCGCAAAAAUAACUUCAACUGAUUCUACAAUCGACAAAGGAAGCAACGAAACUGAAGCUAACAGAAAAGCGGAUAAAUCUACAGGGACAAAGGAAGUCACCGAGAUGAAAAAGCAAGCUAAUACUGCAAAAAUCAAGAAAAAUGCAGACAAUCCUGAAAAAUCUGGGAAAGAUAAUAAAAUGACAAAAUCCAUUAAAAAAAUAAAGAAGAGUUUUGACAAAGCUGAAAAAAUAUCAGAAGCAAUCAAAAAGACUUUGUCUAAGACCGUAAAGCAAAACAACGCUGAAGAAGACGACGUUACCAAAAAGCCGCAUAAAAUUGAAGAUGAAAGUCGAAAAGAAUCAAAUUUCCGAUCGAGCCCUGCUCCUUCGAUCAAUAUAGAAGAACAAAAGGAGCAUAUAUCUAAAGCGGAUCUGCCACCUAGAAAGGUUCAUAUUGAGUACAUCGAGUCAAAGAAUUUGAAAGAUGUCGAGAUAACAAAAUCCUCUUCAUUGGGUCACAAUAUCAAACCAAAGAGGCGAAGGCGGGUAUCAAAACGAAGACAAGAGACUACCACCGACCCUAUGAUCCUCAAGUUAAUACGCAGAUCGCAGCUUAGUACCGAAAACUUUAAACCUUGUGAAAAUAAGCAAACACCGAUAACGAGUUCAUCAUUUUUAACUGAACCAAAUACGCUAGUACAAAAUCCUGAAACUAAAAAAACUUCUGAAAAGGGUACAGCCAACCCAAAUGAAUCAGCUACCGUAAAAGCUUCAGAAUUUGAUAAAACUUCUAAAAUUUCAACUGGAUCAACUGCUGAACAGGCGUUUGAAGCCGAUAAGACUUUUAACAGAAAUUCUUCGCUUUCGGCUGAAUCAGCAGCCGCAAAAGCCUCUGAAACUGCGAAAACUACUGCAGCUAACCAAUCAUUAACUGUUGAAACUCCUGAAAUUAAUAAAACAGCUCAAACGAAUUCGGUCCUUUCAUCUGAAUUGUACGAAGGAAACCAUUCCACAGCUGACUCUGAAUCCAAUACCAAUAAAAAAUCCGAAACUGCACCAGAAUAUUUAAAACCUGGUACCGAAAGGUCUCGAAUCAGUGAGAUUUCGAAAAUGUCUUAUAUCGAGUCCAAAAUGAAUCCUUCUCUUGAUAUCAAAUUUCUUGAAGAUAAAUCAUCACCUAGCUUAGAUUUUAAAACCGGCAAGUCAGAGGAUAAUAAAUCGAAAGGUACGAAAGAAAAGAAGACGCCUGAAAAGACUGAUGAAGACAAUUUGGAGGAGAUGGGCCCAUCCGCAAAUAUUUAUAUAUUAGCAACCCCAGAAACUGAAAAAAUUAUUGAAACAGAUACUAGUACAAUAAUUGUGGAAUCUAACGAAGAAGCACGACAGGAGAAGGACACUAGUAUCGAGAGUACAACUCAAGAGAGCUCUGAAAAAAAAAAAAAAUUAAAAAAAACACCGCUCAGUAAAUUGAAAGUUGACGACUUCAUUGAUAAAAAACUAUCUUUGAGAAGUACUACGGAAGCAAAGGUCGAAAAAAAGCUUAAAUCAAAAUUGCCGACGCCGCCAAACCAGUUAUAUCAAGAUGCCGCGCCAAUCGAAGAGCAAAGGAGUACAACGCAAAUGAAAGCUUUCAGAACAGGUACAUGGGAAGGCGAGACCCCUAAAUUGGAAGCAGAAGAUACCAGCCCAACUUCCUCUACUGUUUCCUUUAAGCAGAAGGCCGAUCUCGUGCCGAAUGCUGAGGCAAUUAAAUGGGGAGCUUAUCUACCACCUGAGGCAACUUCAGUCGAUACUCCAAAGAAGCCAACUCCUCCAACUCGGUUAAAACGUGAACCUAUUGCACCUGGUGAAAGUACCAAUACGAGCGAUAGCGAACGUGAUAUUGGUUAUACGGGCGGAAGUCAAAAAAAAACGUACGUACAAAUAUUUACAUACACGUUAUGGACGAUGCUCGGUAGUGCAGUUGUAUAUUUUCUGGCCGAUAUAUUAUCGCAUGAUGAUAUUAAUUCCAAGACUCCUAUGUUAACGAUUAAUAAAUAUUUGGCAGCAUUCCAAACCCGUAAAUUAUCGCAUGACACAAUUAAUAAGCCUGAGAAGGAUAAGAAAGGCAAAAAAGAUAAAAAGAAAAAUAAAGAGUCCGAUACCACGGAAAAGGCAGACAACAGUGCGAAAGACGAAGAAAAUUUAUACAGUGGUGACGAAGGAUUUUGA